AUGGCUUCCAACCAAGAUGAUACGACCGUUCAGGUCAACAAAGAAGAGCUUAGACGCGCUGGCGACUUGAUCGUCAUGCGUCUGAUGGAGGUGCAGUCUUACAUCGCUGACUUGGGCAAGGCCUACAUCCAGCACGUGAGCAACAUCACUGAAGGACGUGAUGCUAACAUUGAGCUUCCUCUCGGUCCCUCUGGAUUUAUGGGCCCGGACAUCCCCUUCCGCGCUGGCAGCCCCGGUGCUAAGUCUGAGGCUGGUGGCCCUAAGAAGCGCAAGCGCGCGCCCGUCGACCCUAAUGCGCCCAAGCGUGCCUUGACCCCCUACUUCCUGUAUAUGCAGCACAAUCGCAGCAAGAUCGCUGAGGAUCUUGGAAAUGACGCGCGCCCCAAGGAUGUCGCCGACGAGGGCACCCGUCGCUGGCAGAGCAUGGAAGAUACCCAGAAGGAGGUCUGGAAGAAGAUGUACGCCGCCAACUACGACCAGUACAAGCGCGACAUGGCGGCCUACAAGGCUGGCCACAAGGUUGAUGAGGAGCACGAUCCCGCCGCCAGCCAACUGCAGCAGGACUUUGCCGAUGCCGAGCCCGAGGCUGAGGCUGAGGCCGAAGCUGAGGCCGAGCCUGAGCAGGAAGAGUCUGCCGAUGAGUCCACCGAAUCAUCUGACGAGUCGCAGUCCCCCUCUCCUGCGAAGGAGAAGACACCCCCGCGCAGCACCACCAAGCGUCGCCGCAGCGACACCAAGGCCAAGGAGGCUGAGACUCCUGCCAAGUCGCCUGUCAAGCGCAGUGGUCGUAAGGCUGCGGAGCCGGUGGCUUCUACCCCCGCUGCCAAGACACCUGCUGAUAGCAAGCGCAGGAGCAAGAAGCGCAAGAGCGAGGUUUAA